UUUUUUUUUGGUUUGGAGGCACCCAUAAAUGUUUUAAAAAACAAAAAUAAAGCUGGUAUUAUGUACAAAAUAGUAAAAUAGUAUUAUAAUAUUUUGACAUUGCCAAGGCCCUAACAAGAAAUAUAGCCUGUUGAAUACUGUACCUAUUUCAGCGCAUUAGUGUCUUGAUAAUUAUUGAUGAUAAAGAUAACACAAUAUAAAUUACACAAAUAAAACAUAAGGCCAAUACUGGUUGAUAGUUGUUCAACGAUGUCGGCACGUGGGAAUUCCGAAUUAUUGGCAUUUGUAAAUUUAUAGCUCAUAACGUAUUAACGUCAUUACUUCUCUGGGCAAUAGUUCACUACUGCAAUACCGUAGCAUUUGUUAGAUAUCGUUCAUUAGUUGUGUUUGUGUUACGUCACAGUGUUCUAUGAUUUUUUUGGGGGGGGGGGGCUUUCAAAUUAUUUUCACCCUUAGCUAUACCAUUCCCACGUUAUCCAUUUUCCAUUUGGUCAAAAUAAAAAUAAAAAAACCAACCGCCGUAAUCGCCUUGGUGACCUGGCCAGGUAUGAUACUACUAUUGUUACAAACAAACUUUAAUUUUACUCGUAUCGUGCGCAUCAAUGAUUUUUUUUUUAUAACAAUUAUCGUUUCUACCGUUUUUUUCCUCGACAUGGAUGGUGAAAGCACCAAUGAUGUUAACGUGGUAGGGGAAGAUGCGACCGCUGAACUUUCGACUAUCCCAUUAACUAUGGAGUUCGAACCUGAAACUGUUAAUCCUGUAAUCGUGAACAACGAACCGGUCGAAAUGGUACCGGAACCGCGGCAGGAUGCGAUCGUGGAGUUGGCAGUACCACCGGCGGUCACCCUGGCUGCCACGACAGUUACAGCCAUUCGGCUGGGUUCGGGAGCGGAUGAUAAUCCGACCACGGCGGCUAGUGACGUCGAAGAAGAAAACACGGACAGGCGCGCCCGUCGAACUCGAAGCCGUGGCCGACGUAGCCGACGUGGUCGUAGCCGUCGUAGCCGGAGCCGUCGUAGCCGUCGUAGCCGUCGUAGCCGGAGUAGAAGCGACCACGGUGACUUCUAUGUGAAAAUCGCCGACGAUGAGAUCUCUGCCGAGCCGGUGGCUGGUAGCAGUCGCGGUGGCCAGAAGACGACCCGUGGCGAUCGAAGGGCUAAGAAGCUAGCAAUCACCGGUCGCGUCAGUGGGAAAACUAUCCGUGGCACUCGAGGUGGCCGGAAAUCAGCCAGGGACAGUCGUAGACGCCGGAAAUACUACCGAAUGUGUGACUGCGCGGAUGAUGUGGAGCAAACGCUUGCGUCCCCUCAGCCUUAAUCGGAACAAGAAAUAAAAGGCAAAGUAAAAGUUAUAUUAUUGUGUCAAACCAAUAUACCAUAAUCAUACAAUAAAUUACACUUGAUCUA